GGAAGAUGUUGGAGGAAGGAGUGCAGCCUAAUGCUUACACAUUUGUUGCUGUUUUAAGUGCUUGUGCAGAUUUAGCACUUAUUGAGAGAGGGAUUCUGCAGAUGUGGAGGAAGAGCAAAAGAUGCUCGAAGAGGCAAUUAAAAAUGCUCGAGAGAGGGAUAGAAGAACAUUGUUACGAGCCAUGAAUAAAAGUAGUUCCAAAAGUUCAUCGAAAACCACGGCCAACAAAGAAAAUGGUAGGGUGGGUGAAAUUUUUCCUUCUACAUCACUUGAGGAAUACGCCAAGCUAGGUAGAAAAGAUGGUGGAAAUCAUGAUGGUCAAUAUGACUCCAAGAAUGAUUGCAUUGCUGACCACGAUGAUGAUGAUGAAAAUGAAGAUGGUGAGGAUGAUGCUGACAAUGAAGAACCGAAUGCGUAACUGAGAAGCCUGUGAAUAACUGGUGAGAAAGAAUCUGUGCAUACAUCAGAAUCUUUAACAUUAUUUAUUGACCUUUGCUCCAAGCCGUUUUCUACUCAGCUAUCACUAUACUAGCAGGAUCUGUGAUGCCCGUCCGGCUUCAACAAGUUCUUACAAUUUUGUCAU